CCCCGUGAAAGGACACCACCGUGCUGAGCGUGUGUCGCGAUCAUGAGCAGCGGCGGCGGGGUUCCUCCAUCGGACCAGCAACAACCGACGUCGGCUAGAGUAUCGCCAGAAGCGUGGGACGACCUGGAGACGUUCAAGGCGCUGUCGAGAGGUCGUGUGGAUCCGUUGACUGACCCGUUGUUGCAAGCCACGACGGAACUGAAGCGAAGUCCGGUGCGCAAAGUGCGGCUGGACAUUCUCCAGAGCUCGCUGGCGAGUCGAUUGGAGGGUGGCAGUUCGUCAAGUCCGAUUCGAAAAAAGCUCAAGAAGCACACGUCGAGCGACCCGUUGGAGACGUUGCCGGUAGGCCCCAAUCUUGCUGUCGCGCUGGGGCCCCUGGGGUCGUUCCAUGGCUCCAGACGUCCCAGUAGCACCAGCAGUCCGUUCGCCCACCUAGACUCCAAACCCUCCCCCGUCGUUGGUUCGUUUCUGAACGGUGGAGCGGGUAGUAGUAGUAGUAGCGGUUCCUCCUUUGGCGACGAAGAGCGAACGUACUGCACGCUGAGCGAUCGCAUUGGGUGCCACUACACCCCCACGUCCCGCGCAUUGACCAAGCAAGAGGUUGCACGGGUGGCCAAUAUGUUGGUGGCGCAUCCAAAGCCAGACAAGCAAACUCCCCUCGCGGGCUCACCCAAGAAACGGGAAUUCAUCGCCAAGUCUCCAGCCUUGGAGCGGACGCUAGGCCACCGGAUGUCGAGUGUUGGCGACGACGAAAUUGCCAAUGCGGAAAGUCUGCCGUCGCUUUCAUCCGACGGCGGAACCAAACCAGUAUCGCUUUUCCCCGAAGGCUCUCGAGCGUUCAGCCGGCAUGUCAACUCGUCCAACGCCAGCCAUACUUUUAAAGUACCCAGCCCAACGCACAGCCCCACCAAGCGUGAUCCGAUUCGCCUCAACUUGCCCAAGUCGUCGACUCUCCAUCAUCAUAGUUUCCACGUCAAGGCGAAAACCGUGCUGGAACCUCUCACCCCCCGCACGUUGCAAGUCGACGCCCACUUGUACCAAUCGACCAAAGCCAACUUUUGGAAAGCGGUCGAAGCCAACGUUUCCAGUGUCACGCCCAUGAACCCCCGGUGGCCCGUAGAAAUCCUCCAUCGCCUCCAGCUCCCCCCGCCUGCCUUCCGCCACGUCCCCGACCUCCUCGCGCAACACACCGCCAUUUGCGAGUCCAUGCUUGGAGCAAUGCUAGACGAAGCCAACGUCGACUAUACCGCCGCCGUGGCACGCGCCAUGGUGCAAUAUGCCCUUCUAGACGACCGCCAGGCUGCGAUAAUGGGCAUCGUGCCGUCCUAUUUGCACGCAGCGUCGCAGUGGUGGACCAGUGACUUGUACUCCUCGUUUAAGUGGCGCGUGCUGCGGCAGACGCAUGUGAACCGGGACGCGGUGAAAGAAUGCGCCGAGUACGUCGAAGUAUUUUUACAUACGGCAGAUCCCGCGUUGCUGUCCCUGCAGGCGCAGUGGUUGCUUGAAGGCCCACCGGCGGAAUGGGAGAGCCGAGACGGCCUGCCUUGGACGCCAUAUGCGCAGCUGCUUUGGACGGACGUGCAGUCGCCGUCGUUCCGCGCGUCGCUGCCUCGCACCGUGGCCAGCUUUGUCGACCACAUGACUCGCCGCGUCGAAGUCGUCAAGGACUGUCUGCGCACGCACUGGAUCACCUCGAGUGCGAAAAAGGUGGACGCGUGCUUGCCUCCCGUGGUGGCUGUGACACCGUCGUCGAUUAUCAACCCUGCAUCCCCCGCGAGCAAACCUCAAAAUGGCAUGAAACUGGCGUCCGGGGGCCACCAAUCCAGUUUGGCGUCAUUUCGGUCGAUGCAUUCCCAUCAACCCAACCACCCCCACCACCGCCACGCCGUGACCACCACCGAUGACGACAACGACGUGCUCGUGGAAGACGAUUUGUUUCUGUACAAUCACCACAUUGGCGUGCUCAACGCGGCGUCGGUGCUCAUGUCGCGGCAGCUGCGAAGCAACGUGGAUGCGUCCGUGACUGCGUUUCUAGAGUUCUUUGACCAGUGUGCGCAGGACUACGGCGAGGCCAUCCUCGCCUUGGAGGUUGUGUGUACCUCGACCUCCAAGGCGUCCACCACGGGGGACUUGCACCUGGCGUCGGGGUCGGCUUUGGUUCGAUUGGACCCGCCUGCGUCGGUCGUCCAAGAGCGAAUUUUAGCAUGUGUGACACUGUUGGUCGAAGCCGCGAGCAUAUUUCCUCGCAUCGAUGCCCAGACCAGCGUUCCCGCUCGCAUUCGCAACAAGGCUGUGCUAGGGCCAUGUACGCUCACGUCGGAUGAUUCGUUUGUCGUGGCUUCGAAAAAGCAAAUUGCCGCUGCGAUGACCACCCAUUUAGCCCAAGCCGGUCGCGUUCUGGACGCGUUCAUGCCAUUUCAAGUGUUGCUAGACGGGUCGUUGGAGCAGCGGUUAACGUUGUUGGUGGAGCUGCCACCUCUGGAUUUGGCCUUGCUUGGCAUCGAGUUGAAGGCGCUGCAGGACUUGGACACGUCGAUCCAGUCAUUGAUUCAAGAUCACUACUACUUUCCCAUGUUUGCCGUGUAUUGCGUCGACGCCAAGGACGUGCUGCGACAGCGUGUGAAGGACCUGUCGCAUGUGUUGUUGGCGGCCGCGUCGGCGGAAAACAUCCGCCGCAUGACGGCGAUGGGCCAAACGUACGAGCAAACGGUGCAGACGCUGAUGGCGGACCCGCUCGACUCGGCCGAGCUCAAGACGUUGCAGACGUUUUACGACUCCAGCAUGGCCACGUUCGCGGCGUUGCACGACGAGUUGUACACCAACGUGUGCGUGUCGGUGCGGUUCCUGAAAGAGCACGCGUUUCAAAUGUCAAGGGAGGAGGUGCAGCUGUUCUUUAUGACGUUUCGGUGGCCAGACACGGUGGUCAACUUUCAGCGCAAGAGUCUUGAGCGCCAGCGAGAUCGAAAACGGGAGCUUGAGCUGGUCGUCGAUGCCCGGCAAGAACACCUCACAACUACGUUUGGAACGUGCCAAAAGAAGAUUGAAAAGCUGCGGGAAGCAGGCAACAUGCAGGACGCGGCCGCCGUCACCAAGCGGAUUGAGGCCGUGAUGAAGUUAAUCGCAGACAUUGACGACGAAGCGCAAAAGAUCCGAGACCAGCAGACGAUUCUCGACAUGACGCCCCCCACCGACAACGACAAGAUGAUCAAGGAGUUGCAGGAGAUGCUCAUGCCAAUGGAGAAACUGUGGACGACCGUCGCUCAAUUCACCGACCAAAUCAACUUGUGGCGUGGCCAGCCUCUAUACCUGGUGAAUGCUGAAGACGCCGAGAAAGAAGCCGACGGAUUCCGCCGCAACAUUGUCAAAGUGAUCAAGGAGUGUGAAAAGGUAGGCGACGUCCUGGACGCCCCCGUGGCGGUCGCUCGCCAGGCCAAGAAGAUGCUCGAUGAAAUGCUGGAAAGCCACGUUCCCCUCAUGCAUCUCAUCUGCACGCCCGCGCUGUGUCCGCGACACUGGGACGAGAUUGAAGGCAUCACAAAACUCAACCUGCACCCGCCAUCGGGGGACAUGACAUUGAACCACAUGCUCGAAGUCGGAUUGCAAAAGUUCACGGCCCAAAUCGAGGACAUUUGCGUCGGCGCUGCCAAGGAGUACUCGCUCGAACAAGCCCUGGACAAGAUGGAGCGAGAGUGGGAAGGUGUCGAGUUCCAUACAAAACCAUAUCGCACCACAGGCACGUCCAUCUUGUGUGCGACGGAUGAAAUGCAGCAACAGCUGGACGACCACAUGGUGAAAAUUCAAUCGAUACGUGGCAGCCGGUACAACAAGCCAUACUUGGAGCGCAUUGGGCGAUGGGAGAAAAUCCUCGUAUCGAUUCAAGACAUUACCGACCAAUGGCUCAAGGUUCAAGCUACGUGGUUGUAUUUGGAGCCUAUUUUCAGUAGCGACGACAUCAUGCGGCAAAUGCCCACCGAAGGAAUGCUGUUCAAACGAGUGGACAGCACGUGGCGGCAAAAUAUGGACGACACGAUCGCCGAGCCGGAAGCAACCAAAGUUGCCCAGCGCAAGGGACUGCUGGAUACGCUGGUGCAGUCCAACGCCGACCUCGAGACGAUUCAAAAAGGACUCAACGAAUAUUUGGAAACGAAGCGGCUGUACUUUCCCCGGUUUUUCUUCCUCUCGAACGACGAACUACUGGAAAUUUUGGCCGAAACCAAGGACCCGCUGCGGGUGCAACCGCACUUGAAGAAAGCGUUUGACGGGAUCAACUUGUUGGAGUUCCAGCCAAACAUGGACAUCACGGCCAUGCUAAGUCCCGAGAACGAAAAAGUACCUUUUCUGUUUGACAAGAUUGCGCAAAGUCAAAUCAACCCCAACGCCACGGGCGGCAACGUGGAAAUUUGGCUCCAAGAGGUGGAAACGACAAUGCGCAAGAGCGUGGCGUACCACGUGGACUUGAGCAUGGCAGACUACCCCAAGCAAGAUCGAUUGCAAUGGGUGCAGCAGUGGCCCGGUCAAGUUGUGUUGGCCAUCAACCAGACCGUGUGGACCGCGCAAACCGAAGCCGCCCUCGUGGGGGGCAGCAACUUGGACCCGAUGAAAGCGCAUUUGCAGAUGCUUCGAUCCGAAUUGUUGCGCACGGUUGAGCUCGUGCGCGGCGAACUGCCCAAGCUAACGCGCAUUACGCUGGGCGCCCUUGUAGUCAUGGACGUGCACAACCGUGACACGAUCGCCGAAUUGGUGGACAAGAAGAUCUCGGACAAGUCGGAAUUUGAUUGGCUCGCUCAACUUCGGUACUAUUGGGUCGCGGGGGGCACGUCGGCCUUGACUGGGAAGCCUGGCACGAUGCAGUGUCGCAUGAUCAACACGCUGGCCCUGUAUGCAUUUGAAUACUUGGGAAAUUCCAUGCGGCUGGUGAUUACGCCGCUCACGGAUCGGUGUUAUCGUACGCUUAUGGGGGCCAUUCAUUUGAACUUGGGGGGCGCGCCAGAAGGUCCCGCGGGGACGGGCAAGACGGAAACCACCAAAGAUCUAGGCAAGGCGAUUGCAAUUCAAUGCGUGGUCACCAACUGCUCGGACGGGCUCGACUACUUGGCCAUGGGCAAGUUCUUCAAGGGACUGGCAUCCAGCGGUGCGUGGGCGUGUUUUGAUGAGUUCAACCGCAUCCAACUCGAAGUCUUGUCAGUGAUCGCGCAGCAAGUUCUGUGUAUUCAAAUCGCCAAAGCACAAAAAGCUGUUACGUUCAUGUUUGAAGGCACGCUGUUGAGUCUCAACCCGACGUGCUGUCCAUUCAUUACCAUGAAUCCAGGGUAUGCCGGAAGAGCCGAACUACCCGACAACCUCAAAGUACUCUUUCGAACCGUGGCCAUGAUGGUUCCAGAUUAUGGCAUGAUUGCCGAAAUCAUGUUGUACUCGUACGGAUAUAUGGACGCCAGUGCCUUAUCCAAGAAAAUCACGACCACCUACACGUUGUGUUCGGAGCAAUUGAGUUCCCAGUCCCAUUACGAUUAUGGUAUGCGAGCGGUCAUGGCGGUGCUACGCGCGGCGGGGAACCUAAAGCGAAGCGAGGGACAUUUGAAAGAAGAUACGUUGGUCUUGCGAUCGAUCAUCGACGUCAACUUGCCCAAGUUUUUGUCGCCCGACGUGCCCUUGUUCAACGGCAUCACGUCAGAUUUGUUCCCGGGUAUCAUCGUGGAGCCCCCCGAUCGCACCGAUAUGUUGGAGGCCAUCCACCACGUGUGCAGUCAAAUGGGCCUGCAAGCCGUACCCAACUUUAUCGAAAAAGUUAUUCAAAUCUACGAAAUGAUGAUCGUUCGCCACGGGUUUAUGGUUGUGGGCAUGCCGUUCUCUGGCAAAUCCAGUUCGUGGAAAGUGCUCGCUGAUGUGCUCGACACAUUGCAUAAAAAAUUCCCAAAUGACGUGAGGUACACCUCUGUGGUGGUGUCUGUGAUCAAUCCAAAGAGUGUGACCAUGGGGCAGCUGUACGGCCAAUUCGACGACGUGUCGCACGAGUGGACGGACGGCGUGCUGGCCAUCAACUACCGGAACCUGGCGACGUCUCCGACCCCGGACCGCAAGUGGCUCUUGUUCGAUGGACCCGUGGACGCUGUGUGGAUUGAAAACAUGAACACGGUGCUGGACGACAACCGAAAACUCUGUCUCAUGAGCGGCGAAAUCAUCGCCAUGAGUCCCGUCAUGAGCAUGAUGUUUGAGCCGAUGGAUCUGCUGGUGGCAUCCCCUGCGACGGUGUCCCGCUGCGGCAUGAUUUACAUGGAGCCCGAGCAGCUAGGGUGGCAGCCCCUCGUCGAUUCAUGGCUUGACCUAACGACAAUCCCCCCCAAAGAUCCCACGGAUCGCAAGCUGUACCUAACAGACGACCAGCGUGCGACCGUUCGAACUCUCACGAGCUGGCUCGUGGAACCAUGUCUCUGCUUUGUGCGCAAAGAGUUGAUUGAACUCACGACAACCGUGGACGCCAACUUGAUUCAAAGCUUGCUGCAUAUUUUUGAGGCGGAAAUGCUCAACGUAAAGGCCGCGGAUGUGGGCACGAAGAAGGGGUUACAGCACCUCGAAAGUCUCUUUGUGUUUGCGUUGACGUGGUCCAUUGGAGCUACAUCCUCUACAGACGGGCGCACGCGCUUUUGUGAGUUUCUGCGCGCGUACAUGGAGUCGAUGCAAGUACUCACAACCAAGUUUGUGAUUGUUGGCCGUGCACUUCAAGUUCGCAACUGGACCAAACCCACUGCAUUUGACACAUACACGUUGGCAUCUCCACUGCCCACCAAGGGCAACCUCCACGACUACAUGUACGCAGUAGACGACGCCAAGUGGAUUCGGUGGGAGGACACUUUGAAAGAGUAUACGAUUCCACCCGCCAGUCCGUUCAGUGCGAUCGUUGUGCCCACGACGUACACGGCUCAGCUCGAGUGUCUUGUGACCCUACUUGUCACGUGCAAACGCAAAGUGCUCGUGUGUGGUCCCACCGGCACGGGCAAAAGUUGCUACCUCAACGGUAUCUUGAACGAGAAGCUGUCGGCAGAGCACUUUUCGGUCAUCAUGCUGUCGUUCUCGGCGAAAACGUCGGCCUAUAUGACCCAAAAUAUCAUUGACGGCAAGUUGGACAAGCGACGAAAAGGCGUGUACGGCCCCCCCGUUGGCAAAGAUGGGAUCAUCUUUGUGGACGACCUCAACAUGCCUCAAAUCGAAACGUACGGCGCGCAGCCACCGAUCGAACUCAUGCGGCAAUUUGUCGACUCGGGUGGGUGGUACGAUCUCAAGGAAAUGACGUGGCAAAAAAUCGUCGACACGAUCGUGGUCACGGCCAUGGGUCCCCCGGGGGGGGGGCGCAACACGAUCAGCCCCCGGUUCCAACGUCAUUUCAACGUGUUUUGCUUUUCCGAGUUUGACGAUGCCACGCUCGUCCGGAUAUUCUCUACCAUCGUCGCAUGGUAUUUCAACAGCGGGCCGUUUCUUCCGGAAAUCCGAAAGCUAGCGGACGCGGUCGUGGCGGCGACGUUGGAAACGUAUCAAAACGCCAUGAAAGUACUAUUGCCGACGCCGAAAAAGUCGCAUUAUACGUUCAACUUGCGCGACUUUUCGCGUGUAAUCCAAGGCAUCAUGCUCAUCCCUGCGUCGGAUGACUUUAAUACCACGGGAUUGGUCAAACUGUGGGUGCACGAAUCGCUGCGGGUGAUUGGGGACCGCCUCAUUGACGACGAAGGCCGGGCGUGGUUUUGCGAGUUUCAGCGCAAGAUGGUGGCCAAGCACUUUAGUGCCAACUUUGACAAAGUGUUUGUGUCGUUGAAACGGGGGCGAGACAACGGGGGCGCCAUUACCCCUCAGGAUAUGCGCAACCUGUUUUUUGGCGACUACCGAGACCCGGAUGCCAACCCGCGACUGUACAAGGAAAUCGACGUGUCGUGCAGUGCCGAAGUGGAUGGCAUCGCCCAGUUAAUUGCGUGCUUGGAUACAUACUUGGGCGAAUUCAACGCCGUGUCUCGUAAACCCAUGAACUUGGUCAUGUUUUUGUUUGCGAUCGAGCACUUGAGUCGCAUUGCACGGGUGCUCAAGAUGCCGCGGGGAAACGCGCUACUCGUGGGCGUGGGGGGCAGCGGCCGGCAGAGUCUGACGCGACUCGCGGCUUUCAUCAUGGACUAUGAAGUCAAGCAGAUUGAAAUCGCGAAAAACUACACCAUGCUCGAGUGGCGCGAGGACAUGAAGUAUGUGCUAAAGACGGCUGGGACUGGCGCCCGUCCCCUCGUGUUUCUGUUUAGCGACACUCAGAUCAAGUACGAAUCGUUUGUCGAAGACAUCAACAACAUGCUCAACGCGGGGGAAAUUCCCAACUUGUUUCCGUACGACGAACGCGUCGGGCUGUGCGAAGGCGUGCGGCCGUACGCCAAGGAAAAGUACGGCAAAGCGGCGGGCGACAUGACGCCCACGCAGUUGUAUGCGUUCUUUGUCCAGCGGGUUCGCCAGCAACUGCACAUUGUACUUGCGUGUUCCCCCAUCGGCGACGCGUUUCGAGAUCGGCUGCGCAAGUUUCCGUCCAUGAUCAACUGCUGCACGAUCGACUGGUUUACCGCGUGGCCAGCAGACGCGCUGGUGGCCGUGGCCGAGAAGUUUCUGCGCGACGUGGAAAUGGAGAGCGACGGCAUCCGUCGGGGCAUUGUAGACACGUGUCAGUACUUUCACGUGCAAGUGGAAGAGCUGAGCAGUUUGUUCCUUCGGUGCCUUCGGCGCCAAAACUAUGUGACCCCGACGUCGUACUUGGAGCUCAUCGUAGCGUUCAAGUCGUUCUUGAGCCAACGACGGGACAGCGUCAUGAAGGCCAAGCUGCGGUAUCAAGUUGGGUUGGAGAAGAUUCAAUUUGCCGAAGCCAAUGUCAGCGUCAUGCGCAAAGAACUCGUCGACAUGCAGCCGAUUCUGGACAAAUCCACCAAAGAUACGGCGGUACUCAUGGAAGAGAUUCAGUCGAAACUGCCUGGGGUCGAGAAAACAAGAGCCGAAGUGCAGGCGGAUGUGGCAAUCGCUGACGCGUCCAAGAUGGAAUGUGAAGCCCAAAAGGCAAGCGUUGAGGCUGACCUGGCCGAGGCCGUGCCAGCCUUGGAAGAGGCGCUAAAGGCACUGGACACGAUCAAAGCAUCUGAAAUCAACGAAGUCAAGGCGAUGGCAAACCCCCCUGGAGGAGUGAAACUUGUGUGUGAAGGGGUGUGUGUGAUGCUCGGCAUCAAGCCAAACCGGAUUCCAGACCCAGGGGAUCCCAGCAAGCGCAUCAUGGACUACUGGGGCCCGUCCGUGAAAAUGCUCAGUGACUCGACGUUUAUCCAGCAACUUAAAAAGUUUGACAAGGACAACUUGGACCCGAAAAUCAUGAAGGUGGUUGUGUCCAAAUACAUUGCCGACGAAAACUUUAGCCCGGAAAAGGCGGAAAAGGCCUCCAAAGCCGCGGCGGGGCUGUGUAAGUGGGUUCACGCCAUGGCCCUAUAUGACAACGUCAGCAAGGUCGUGGCUCCGAAACGCGAAGCGUUGGCCACGGCGGAGAAACAACUCCAAGAAACGAUGGCGAGUUUGAAUGAAAAGUUAAGCCGGCUCAAGGAGGUCGAGGAUGGGUUGGCGGGGCUGCAAAAAGCAUUCAAAGACGCAACCGAUUCCAAAGUGUCUCUAGAAGGGCAAAUUGACCUCACGGGCAAAAAGCUCGUGCGUGCGGCCACGUUGAUCGACAGUUUGGGCGGCGAGAAGAUCCGAUGGAAGGAAUUUAGCGCGCAGCUGGCCAUUCAGUACACCAAACUCACGGGCGACGCGCUCAUUUCUGCUGGGAUUGUAGCAUAUCUGGGCCCGUUCACGUCCGUGUAUCGAGCGCAGGCCGUGACUGCAUGGGUCGCACGAUGCAAGACGCUGGCGAUUCCAUGCAGCGACUUGCCGUCCUUGUCUGGGACGUUGGGGGACCCGGUGCAGAUUCGAAAGUGGAAUAUUGACGGCCUACCCACCGACAUGUUUAGCAUAGACAACGGCAUUGUCGUAUUCAACGCGCGACGGUGGCCGCUUAUGAUUGACCCGCAAGGCCAAGCCAACAAGUGGAUUCGCAACAUGGAGAACGACAACGGACUCAACGUGAUCAAACUCACCGACGGCGACUACCUGCGGACGCUCGAGAAUUCCGUGCAGUUUGGUCGCCCCGUGCUGUUGGAAAACAUUGGCGAAGAGCUCGAUCCGAGCUUGGAGCCGUUGCUGCUCAAGCAAACGUUCAAACAAGGCGGGACGUUGUUCAUCCGGCUUGGGGAUGCCAACAUUGAGUACGCCGAGACGUUUCGGUUUUACAUUACGACCAAACUACGCAACCCACACUAUUUGCCUGAAGUGUCGGUCAAAGUGACCCUGCUCAACUUUAUGAUUACGCCGCAGGGGCUGGAAGACCAGCUGCUGGGAAUUGUGGUCGCGCAAGAACGCCCCGACUUGGAAGAUCAAAAGAACAAACUCAUUGUCCAAAGCGCAAAAAACAAGGCGCUGCUCAAAGACAUUGAGGACAAGACGCUGCAAAUCUUGUCGUCGUCCGAAGGCAACAUUCUCGAAGACGAGUCAGCGAUCAACACGAUGAACCAGGGCAAGCAAGUGGCGGAUCAAAUCAAAUCCGAGCAAGUGAUUGCCGAAGCGACCGAGUUGGAGAUCGACACAGUCCGCCAGGGGUACCGUCCCGUGGCCUAUGCGUCGCAAGUGCUCUUCUUUUGCAUCGAUCAGCUGGCCAACAUUGAGCCCGUGUACCAGUACUCGCUAUCGUGGUUUAUCAAUUUGUUCAUCUUGAGCAUACAGCAGAGCGAGCGCAGCGCUGAACUCGCCGAGCGGCUGCACGUCCUCGACACGCACUUUACAUUCUCCCUGUAUCGCAAUAUUUGCCGGUCGUUGCUGGAAAAGGACAAGCUCAUGUUUUCAUUCCUCCUCACCGUGUCCAUCAUGCAAGGUCGGAACGAAAUCGAUGCCGCCGAGUGGUACUUUUUCCUCACGGGAGGCGUUGCCCUCUCUGAUAUUCCGCCCCCCAACCCCUGUGCCGACUGGUUUAGCGAAAAACAAUGGAACGAGCUGGUUCGACUGGCCAACAUGCCGUGCUACCUAGGCCUAGUGGACGAGUUCAAGACGUAUCACGUUGAAUGGAAGGGCAUCUACGACAGCCCGACGGGGCACCUGCUGCCAUUUCCGGGGUCGUUUGCGACUGCGACACCGUUCCGCCGCCUCCUCGGGAUCCGCGUGCUUCGUCCAGACUUGGUCGUGGUGGCGGCCCAGCAGUUUGUCGUGGUGACGAUGGGCGAGUCGUUUGUCAAGCCGCCGCCGUUCGACCUGGCGCUUUGUUAUGGUGACAGCAGCGUCCAGAGCCCUCUCGUGUUUAUCCUGAGCCCCGGCAGCGACCCCAUCAGUUCCGUGCUCAAGUUUGCCGACGCCACCAAGCAAAAGAUCGACACCAUCUCGCUUGGGCAAGGCCAAGGGCCUAUUGCCGAGCGGAUGAUUUCGCUGGCCAUGGAGACAGGCAGUUGGGUCGUGCUGCAGAACUGUCAUCUGGCCCCGUCGUGGAUGCCAACCUUGGAACGGAUCACCGAAGGCAUCAAGGUCGACGCGACGCACCCGACAUUCCGGUUAUGGUGCACGACGUAUCCGUCGCCAGUGUUUCCUCCGUCGGUGCUUCAAAACGGAGUGAAAAUGACCAACGAGCCCCCCCAAGGCCUUCGCGCAAACCUCAUGGGGUCAUACCUAUUGGAUCCGAUCUCCGAGCCAGGGUUUCUCGAGUCUGUCAACAAGGGAGGGGAAUUCCGCAGGUUGCUGUACGCGCUUUGCUUUUUCCAUGCGCUCGUGCGGGAACGUCGUCAGUUUGGACCUCUGGGGUGGAACAUUCAGUACGAAUUCAACGAGUCCGAUUUGCGUAUUUCAACGCGACAGCUCGCCAUGUUUGUCGACGAAAACGACGUCAUUCCGUGGGGCGCUAUUCGGUACUGCACGGGCGAGUGCAAUUACGGGGGUCGCGUGACCGACGACAAGGAUCGCCGGACGUUGGCGUGUUUACUCGGACGCUUUUACACUACCGACGUGCUCCAGGACACGUAUAGCUUUGACGAGCGGCAGCAAUACGUGGUGCCACCAGAUUUGCCCUAUGACGGAUUUAUCACGUUCAUCGAGGGUUUGCCGCUGGUGGCCCCGCCCAAUGUGUUUGGGCUUCAUGACAACGCCACGAUCACAAAAGACCAGAACGAAACGACGAUUUUGUGUGCGAACAUUCUGCGCACGCAGUCGUCAUCAUCGUCUGGCAGCGGUGACGCCAAGGGUUUAAGUCAAGAAGAAACGGUGGACGCGAUGGCUGCCGACAUUUUGGGUCGGCUGCCAGACAACUACGACAUGGAAUUAGCUGCGAUUCGAUACCCCGUCAAGUGGAACGAAAGCAUGAACACGGUGCUGUGCCAAGAACUCGUUCGGUUCAACAAUCUCCUCGCCGUCGUGCGGUUGUCGCUCAAGAAUGUCCGCAAAGCCAUUCAAGGGUUGGUCGUGAUGUCGGCCGAGCUGGAAAACUUGAGCUUGUCGUUGUUUUACGGAAAGAUUCCCGCCAUGUGGAUCGCCAAGUCGUACCCGUCGUUGAAACCGCUGGCGAGUUAUGUGAGUGAUUUGCUCGAACGGAUUUGUUUCUUCAACGGAUGGCUGCAAGACGCGCCCCCGCCAGUGUUUUGGAUCUCGGGCUUUUUCUUUACCCAGGCGUUCUUGACGGGCGCGAAUCAGAACUUUGCGAGGCGGUACACGAUUCCCAUUGAUCAAAUUGCGUUUGACCACGAAGCCAUGCCUCGAUCGGAAUAUGCUGCCGGACCUAAGGAUGGGGUAUAUGUGCGUGGGCUGUUCCUAGAAGGCUGCCGGUGGAAUAAAGUGGAAGGGCAGCUCACGGAAUCCCAGCCCAAGAUUCUGUUUACCAGCGGUCCUGUGCUGUGGUUUCGGCCGUCGAAAAAGAGCGACCUUGUCCCGAAAAAGUCGUACAACUGCCCCGUGUAUAAAACCAGCGAACGCCGCGGCACGCUGUCCACAACCGGACACUCGACCAACUUUAUCUGCUUUAUUCGGCUGCCGACGAACCUUCCCGAGGCACACUGGGUCGCACGAGGCGUGGCGAUGCUUAGUCAGUUGGACGACUAAACCAUUCCUUGUAAUGUACUAGUGUGUUGUUGUGUAC